AUGAGCUCUGAAAAUUACACUUUAGCCCAGUUAGAGGACCUCAACAAAACCUUCAAAAAAUCUCUUGCAGCGUAUUUUCACCUUGUGUCGCACAAUGGCAAAGAUGAUUUGAAAAAAAUCGAAGCGGCUUCGGUCGAUAGUCCUUUAGACGAAUUCAUUAAGAUAUCGGUAUUGAUCCAUUCCAACGCCACCAAGCUUGGGCUUGUGUUCAAAUAUCCUCUUCCCCAAACAAAUUACAAUGCCGCCUACAAGCAAUUGAAGGACUAUUUUGAACUUUAUGCGUUGUUGAUGAGUUUGGUUAGCCAAAUUAAUAAGGAAAAUAAAUUUAGUGUGCUAUUCUAUGACACCAUUUUGAGCACCCUUCUGACAUUGUUUUCCAUUAACGAAUUCGUGUCAGAAGAGAUUGCGAGUAUUUUGGGAUUUUCUGCAAGCUCUUCCAAAGAGGAAAUCGAAAAGAAAAAUAAGAAUAGAUUAGUAGUGAUUGGAAAAAUAUGGAAUACUUGUGAUGAAUUUAAAGAGCUUCUUCAAAAUGGGGAACUUUCACUUUUGAAUCUGGAGUUGAAACUGUCAGUAACCCUUAUCGGUGAUGCAUUGCUAGAUUUUGAAGCAUGGCUCGAAAAUCCUGAAGAAGUUGAGGAUGAUCCAUUUGGAUUUGAUGAUUUUUCUGAUGAAGAAGGUGAAACUAAAGAAGAGACCAAUGAACCAGUGAAUGAAGCAGAAUUAGCAGAAAAAGUUGAAAUCGGCAAAAAGUGGGUAGAGAAAGUUAAGUUGAUAAAAAUUCUACUUUCUAUCAUUGGUAAAUCCUUGGCCAAUAUCAAGAAAGAGAAAGGCAAAAUUACCACUGCCCAGUUGAAUGACGUCUUUAAUUCUCAAAGCAAUGUAGUGGGAGAAAUUGAUGAGUUAGUUUCAUCACUAGCCAUGGGUGGUAGUGUGAAAGAAGUGAAGGAAAUUGCCGAUGAGUUGGUGACAAAGGUUAAGCAGCUGAAUAAAUGUUUGGCCGAUAUCAAUAACUUGCUCAAGGAUACUGACAAAGCUAAUCAACUAAUAGAAUCUUGGAACAAGAAGUUUGAUUUAUAA